GCCGAGGGCGGGGCGCGGGCUGGUCCGGGGCGGCCGCGGCUCCAUGGGGCUCUUGGGGCUGCUGAGCCUGCUGCACUCGGCCUUCUUCGGGGACCAGGCGCUGCAGGAGCUGAAGAUGGCGAGCUCCGUGGCACCCUACGAGCAGCUGGUGCGGCAGGUGGAGGCCCUGAAGGCCGAGAACAGUCACCUGAGGCAGGAGCUGCAAGACAAUUCCAGCCACCUGUCCAAGCUAGAGACGGAGACAUCCGGCAUGAAGGAGGUCCUGAAGCACUUACAGGGCAAGCUGGAACAGGAGGCUGGAGUGCUGGUGUCCUUGGGGCAGACCGAGGUCCUGGAGCAGCUGAAAGCCCUGCAGAUGGACAUGACCAGCCUGUACAAACUCAAGUCCCAGUCCCCAGCCCUAGGCCCCGAGCCCACUGCGCGGACCCCCGAAGAAAGUCCCGUCCACGGCUCUGGGCCCUCUAAGGACAGCUCUGGGGAGCUGAGCCGGGCUACCAUCCGGCUGCUGGAGGAACUGGACCGGGAACGGUGCUUCCUGUUGAACGAGAUCGAGAAGGAGGAGAAGGAGAAGCUCUGGUAUUACUCACAGCUGCAGGGCCUGUCCAAGCGCCUGGACGAGCUCCCGCACGUGGAGACGUUCUCGAUGCAGAUGGACCUGAUCCGGCAGCAGCUGGAGUUCGAGGCCCAGCACAUCCGCUCGCUGAUGGAGGAGCGCUUCGGCACCUCGGACGAGAUGGUGCAGCGGGCGCAGAUCCGCGCUUCGCGUCUGGAGCAAAUCGAUCAGGAACUGCUGUCCGCGCAGGACCGCGUGCAACAGACCGAGCCCCAGGCCCUGCUGGCGGUGAAGUCAGUGCCGGUGGAUGAGGACCCAGAGCCUGAGGUCCCCACGCACCCUGAGGAUGGCGUCCCUCAGCCGGGCAACAGCAAGGUGGAGGUGGUCUUCUGGUUGCUGUCCAUGCUGGCGACGCGCGACCAGGAGGACACGGCCCGCACCCUGCUGGCGAUGUCCAGCUCGCCGGAGAGCUGCGUGGCUAUGCGCCGCUCGGGGUGCCUGCCGCUGCUGCUGCAGAUCCUGCACGGCGCCGAGGCUGGCGCUGGGGGUCGGAACGGGAGCCCCGGGGCGCCGGGAGCCAAGGAUGCGCGCAUGCGCGCCAACGCGGCGCUGCACAACAUUGUCUUCUCGCAGCCGGACCAGGGCCUGGCGCGCAAGGAGAUGCGCGUCCUGCACGUGCUGGAGCAGAUCCGGGCCUACUGUGAGACGUGCUGGGACUGGCUGCAGGCCAGGGACGGCGCCGAAGGCGGCAACGGCGCCGCCCCGGUGCCCAUUGAGCCUCAGAUCUGCCAGGCCACCUGCGCCGUGAUGAAGCUGUCCUUUGAUGAGGAAUACCGCCGUGCCAUGAACGAGCUGGGUGGGCUGCAGGCCGUAGCGGACUUGCUGCAGGUUGACUACGAGAUGCACAAGAUGACGCGGGACCCGCUCAACCUCGCCCUACGCCGAUACGCUGGCAUGACCCUCACCAACCUCACCUUUGGGGAUGUCGCCAACAAGGCCACGCUGUGUGCCCGCCGGGGCUGCAUGGAGGCCAUUGUGGCCCAGCUGGCUUCUGAGAGCGAAGAGCUCCACCAGGUGGUGUCCAGCAUCCUGCGCAACCUGUCCUGGCGGGCCGACAUCAACAGCAAGAAGGUGCUGAGGGAGGUCGGCAGCAUGACUGCUCUGAUGCAGUGUGUUCUGCGAGCCUCCAAGGAGUCUACCCUGAAGAGCGUGCUCAGCGCCCUGUGGAACCUGUCAGCACACAGCACUGAGAACAAGGCGGCCAUCUGUCAGGUGGACGGCGCGCUGGGCUUCCUGGUGAGCACGCUGACCUACAAGUGCCAGAGCAACUCCCUGGCCAUCAUCGAGAGCGGCGGCGGCAUCCUGCGCAAUGUGUCCAGCCUCAUCGCCACCCGCGAGGACUACAGUGGCUCCGCGGUGCCCAGGCGCCGGCUGCAGGCAUCAGGCCCACGGCGCCGCAAGCCCCAGGCUGCCCAGCCGGACAAGCGGCCAGCAGAGGCGCUCCGGGAGCGCGGGGACGAGGCGGCGAGCUCAGACCAUGCCUCAGACCUUGACAGCGUCGAGUGGCGUGCCAUCCAGGAGGGCGCCAACUCCAUUGUCACGUGGCUGCACCAGGCAGCGGCGGCGGCCACCCACGAGGCCUCGUCUGGGUCUGACUCGAUCCUGUCCGGGUCCGGGCUGUCCGGGAGCUCCACCCUGCAGCCCCCCCUGCACAGGAAGGGACGGCGGCUGCAGGCGGGGGGCCCGGCGGGCAGCACCGCGAGGCCGGAGAAACGGGACUCGGGCCUGGCCCAGCACAGCACCAGGGGCCCCGAGAAGCUGCGCGGAGCUCAGAAGACCGCGUGCAGGGUGCCGGCCGUGCUCCGGGGACGGACCGUGAUCUACGUGCCCAGCCCGGCCCCCCGGGCCCCGCCCAGAGGCCACGCUGGCACCUGCAUGGCACCAAGGAAGAUGGCACCCCCGGGUCCUGCGCAGCCAGCAGCCCCCGCCAAAACCCCCAGCCCCGGGCAGCAGCGGUCUCGAAGCCUGCACCGGCCAGGCAAGAUCUCGGAGCUGGCGGCGCUGAGCCCUCCUCAGAGGAGCGCCACACCGCCCGCCCGCCUGGCCAAGGCCCCCUCAUCCGGCUCCUCCCCGGCCUCUCCAGCCUCCCAGCCCCCUACGAGGAGGCCGCCCCCGGGCGCCCAGGCCGCAGGGCCCCUCCCCGGCCCCAGGGCAUCUCUGGUGCCCCAAACACCCACACGGGCCUUGCUGUCCAAGCAGCACAAGACACAGAAGUCGCCUGUGCGGAUCCCCUUCAUGCAGAGGCCAGCCAGGCGGGGGCCGCCACCCCUGGCCAGGGCAGCCCCAGAGCCAGGCCCCCGGGGCCGGGCAGCAGCUGAAGGAAGCCCUGGCGCCCGAGGGGGCCGCCUGGGCCUGGUGCGCGUGGCCUCUGCCCGCUCCAGCGGCAGCGAGUCCUCCGACCGCUCGGGUUUCCGGCGGCAGCUGACCUUCAUCAAGGAGUCCCCGGGCCUGCUGCGCCGCCGCCGAUCGGAACUGUCCGCCCCCGAGGCCGCGCCCCCCGCCUCCCAGGGCGGCUCACCCCGCCGCAGUCGACCCGCGCUGCCUGCUGUCUUCCUGUGCUCCUCUCGCUGCGACGAGCUGCGGGCAACCCCCCGGCAGGUUCCGGUCCCCCAGCGAGCCCCCGUGGCCAGGCCCAGUCCCAGCGAGCGGCCGGCCCGGCGCCCCAGCUCCGAGGGUCCGUCCCGCCUGCCUGUCCGCACCCCGGCCGCACGGCCCGAGACGGUCAAGCGCUACGCCUCCCUGCCGCACAUCAGCGUGGCCCGCAGGCCCGACGCGGCUGCCCCCGGGCCCACCAGCGACGCUGCCCGACGCAGCAGCGAUGGGGAGGCCCGGCCACUGCCAAGGGUGGCGGCGCCGGGCACCACGUGGCGUCGCAUCCGGGACGAGGACGUUCCACACAUCCUGCGGAGCACGCUGCCCGCCACUGCCCUGCCACUGAUGGGCGCCCCGUCUGAGGACGGCCCCAGCGGCCCCCCACAGCGCAAGACCAGCGAUGCCGUGGUCCAGACGGAGGACUUUGCUGCCGCUAAGACCAACUCCAGCACGUCUCCGAGCCUGGAAAGCAGGGCCCCCCCCCAGGCCCCGGUCAGCGGCCCCACUGCCCUCCUUGGCAGCGAUGUGGACGGGCCCGGUCCCACCAAGGCGCCCACCUCGGCUCCCUUUGUCCAUGAGGGCCUGGGGGUGGCUGCAGGGGGCUUUCCUGCCAGCCGGCAUGGCUCCCCCAGCCGCUCAGCCCGUGUCUCCCCCUUCAACUAUGUGCCCAGCCCCAUGGUGGCGGCCACCACUGACUUGGCUGCAGAGAAAGCCCCCACCGCUGCCCCCGCCAGCCUCCUGGAAUAGUGGCCAGGGCCCGCCUUCUAGAACAUCCUUUCCAGGCCAAGGGCUGGUCUGGCUGCCUGGAGGGUGGUUCCACGGUCCAUCUACCCACCAGAGCCCGCGCCCUUGGAGCCCCACUGCAGCCUGAACUGGCCUCACAUCUCACGCAUAGACGCUUGCUUCCGUGCUGUGGGGGCUCUGGAGGGAACAGGGCUGCCGGCUGGACCUCCAGUCCCAGCCUGGAGUGCGCACAGCGAGGCCGUCUGGCCCCAGCCUGGCCCCCACGCAGAGACCACCCUCUGCAGCACGCUCCAGGGCCCCGAGCUCCGCUGGGCCCAAGCCUCAGCAAGCCCCUCCCAUGUCAGGAGCCACAGGAAGGUGACAGCCCGCCCGAGGUGGGGGACAGGGCUGGGGAGGGUGGCCCCAUUAAGCAAGCGCCUGCCAGCUGGGGGCCAGCCUACACGGGGACAAAGCCUAUAAUUUUGGAGGCCCGGUAAUUGGUUAAUGAUGGCUUUGUGGGUUUGUUUGCCUUCUCAGCCCCAGCUGGGGAGUGUGGGGGUAGGGAGCGGCUGAGCCCGACUCAAAGCCCCCGCCCCAGACAGCGCCGCCUAGGGAGGCGGAGCAGCCUGGACGAACAGGGACAGGCUGGUGCGUCAGCGGCAGGCGCAGACAGAGCCCUGGCCGGGGGAAGGGGGGCCCCGGAGCUGGGCACGGUACAGUGGGACGGAGGUCCAGGCGCGUCGCAGGGCGACCCUCCGGGGGUUGUGCGGGUGCUGGGACGACGCCAGGGUCUGCGAGCACACCUGUGGGAGGAAGCGUGUGGAGGGAUGUACCCGAAGGCGGCCGCCGGCUUUUCGAUUCCCUUCUCCUUCGCCCCACACACAGCGCUGGGCUCCCCGGGCUCUGCGCCAGGCGCACCAUCUCCGCCUUGGGACAGCACUGCAGCAGUGGGCGCGGGGGAUGCUGACCACUGGGUGCUAGACUCGGACAGACGGAGGGACAGCGAACCCCGAGGCCUCACUUCUUCCCCUCCCGCCGCCAGGCCGCUCAGGGGCCGUGCGCGCACGUGUUCGGGGUCAGCUCCAAGGGCACCUCCUUGCAGAAAGAGCCAACGACCUCUUUCCUGCGCACGGAGGCUCUGGGGAGCAGCUGCUCUCGGCAAGCGGGUCUGCCCUGACAGCCGCCGCGCCCGAGCCAAUGCUCCGGCAGACAGGACGCGGCCACCUAAGUCCCUCUCUGGAGGAGGCGCGCAUGGCGAGGCCCACCCGCAGACACCACCGUCCCGCCCCAUUACCCGAAGUGUUUCCUGUGGCUGACCGUCCCCACGGGAAACCCUCGUGAGCCGUGCUGAUCCCAGACCCCACGGACACCCUGCUGCUGUCAUGUUGCAUCACCAACGCCCCAUCCCGUGUGACGGGAGCCGGGGCCCGGCCGGAGAGGGCCCACGGGCAGGAGGCAGGGUGGCCAGCAGCAGAGGCGGUGACGGUGGCUGAGCCAGCUGCGAACGGCCACAGCCCGCCCCUGAGGACACACCAGAGUGUCUCAGACUCUUCUCAGAAACCGCCAGUCCCGGUCCCCACUGUAGCCUGGAGGGCUGGGACUGGGGCUCCUCCAAGCUCCUUUCUGGAUUUGGGGACUGCCAGACAUCGUGCUUGCAUCUCCAUGGGGCAGGUGCUCCCGCGACGGCCUGGGGGGGAGGGAAGCAGCAGCGGACCCACCACCAGCUCAUCCGGCCAUGGGGCCCACAGCUUCGUGCACUGUGAGACCCUGGGCAGUGCUUCCGCCGCUCUGUGCCUCAGUUUCCCCCACGUGGGCCGUGGGGAGAACUCCCAGAGCUACCUCUUGGGCGAGUGGAGAGACCACCACGCCCGGGGGAGAGACCUGUGCUUCCGGACCCUCCCUCGCUGCUGCCUCCGCCCAUCUGGCCGCGGGCAUAUCGUCUCCACGGGCAGGGCAGGAGGGCAGCUCCACCUCGGCAGCACCCCGGGGGCUCAUGUCCCGUCCACGCCCGGCAGCCACUUUUGCCUUUCCCAGCCCCUGGUGGGGGCACAGCCACACCUCAUCAUCCAGCCUGCGCAGGCGGCGGCAGGUGGCGGCCACCGACAAUCAACCUGAGUCGGGAGCUGGACGCCUGAGGUCUCAGGACCCGAAGGACCAACCAAGCCACCUGCCAAGGGAACCGUGAAGGGCCCCUCCGCCUCUGGAGCCCUCCUGGGGCAAGCCCGACGGGGACGCCUGGGAGCCCAGGCCUGGGACUUUGGACCCCGGGCCGGACGGACACCACCACUAGCUGGGUGCUGAAUUUGGGGCUACCCGCUGGCGUGGCAUUACCUCACCCCUGCUGCCCCCCACCCGUCACCCGGCUGGCGGCCACACGCCCCCGGCCCGAGCCUGGCCGACUGGGUCUGUCCCCUGCAUCUCUGCUCGUCUCUGCAGCACUACAGGACCUCUGUAAAUACAGCCCCAGCUGCCCCCACUAACCACACAGCCAUCGUCUGGCCGAAGGAACCCGCGGAACCAGGCGUCUUACGCGCACCUUUAAUAAACCCAGCUGUCGAACCGCGCCCCGC